CAUUCAUUCGUAGUGUUGCUCCUCCCCCCAUGGGCUGCGCGCGCAUGCGGGUCUCUGUAGAAAAGCAACCGAGGCGAUGGCGUUGUCCAGCGUGAGCGCUAUGCGCUACUUGCUGCUGCUAGCGCAGGAGAACUUGGAAUUCCGGCUACCGGAAAUAAAAUCACUGGUGUCUCUCAAUGGUGGACGAUUCAGCAGCCAACAGGAACUGAGGCUAAACUCUCCAUUUUGGAUUCUUAGUAUGCCUUCAGAAGAGAUGGCUAGAGGACUUAUGAAGCGGACAGUGUGUGCAAAGUCUAUAUUUGAACUAUGGGGUCAUGGAAAAUCUGCACAAGAGCUGUACUCUUCACUGAAGACCUACCCAGAGGAGAAAAUGGCCCCCUAUCUAAAGCCAGGCUUGACGUAUAAAAUAAAGGUUCAUGCUUUUAACACAACACUAACACAAGAAGAGAAGAUUCAAAGGAUAGAUUCCCUAGCAUUUUUACCAUUUAAAGGAAAAGUUAAUUUAAAGAAACCAGAUCACAUAUUUUGGUUUCUGGAAGAUUAUGGAAUGGAUCCGAACAAUGUUCCAGAACAGCCUCUUGAUAUAUAUUUUGGAAGAUGGAUUGCCAAUGGACAAAGGGACCUUAUUGAGUCUUACAGUGUAAAAAGGAGACAUUUUAUUGGCAACACAAGUAUGGAUGCCUGCUUGGCUUUUAUCAUGGCAAACCACGGGAGAGUAAAACCAAAUGAUAUUGUGUUUGAUCCAUUUGUGGGAACAGGUGGGCUUCUUAUAGCUUCAGCGCACUUUGGAGCAUAUGUAUUUGGGACAGAUAUAGAUUAUAGCACAGUACAUGGACUGGGCAAAGCUAGCAGGAAGAACCAAAAGUGGAGAGGACCUGAUGAAAAUAUCAGAGCUAAUCUUCGCCAGUAUGGUUUAGAGAAGUACUACCUUGAUGUAUUAGUUUCUGACGCAUCAAAACCCGUAUGGAGGAAAGGGGUGCAGCUUGAUGCAAUAAUCACAGACCCUCCAUAUGGCAUACGAGAAGCCACCAGAAGAACUGGCUCACAGAAGGAAAUGGCAAAAGUGACUGCAAGAGGCACAGAAAACCACAUCUCAAUUUCUUCAAAUUAUCAUCUGAGUGACAUCCUUUUUGACCUGUUAACAUUUGCGGCUGAAUACCUAGUGGUUGGAGGAAGGCUGGUCUACUGGCUUCCUGUGUACAAACCAGAAUACACAGAAGAGAUUAUACCCCGGCACCCAUGUCUGAAACUUAUUAGCAACUGUGAGCAGACGCUUUCCAGCCAUACAUCGAGACACCUGAUAACCAUGGAAAAGGUGAAAGAAUUUGAGGAUGAAGACCGCUGUUCUCACAUCAUGGAUAGCCAGUAUCUGCCAUACAAAAGUCACAAUUCCUUUCGGGAGAAAUAUUUCAGUGGAGUGACAAAGAGGAUUGCUAAGGAAGAAAAGGACAGCCAGAAAUAAUUAAACAAAAAACUGAGAGCAGUGCACAAGGCUUGUAUUUGGCUAUUAAAACAUCUUGACCUCAGUAUUAUGUGGAUGUUUCAGAGAACAAAUACUGUUUUUAAUUUUUCAAAGCUCAAAGCAAAAACCACAACACAAGUUAAGAGCAUUUCUUUUUCAUUAACUUUGUUUAUACCAGAUUUUAUUGCAUAAGGGUUUUUUUUUUACCCUUAUUUAAUUUAUUUUUGUACUUCAAGUCUAAAUGUUGAUUAACUACAACCUUUAUCACUGAUUCUUUUAGCCUCAUGUAAAAACGAGUAGUAUUGUUUGGCUUCUUAAACUGUGAACAUCUGGAAGUCUUAUGUAUAUUUCUUAUUAGGAAGAUUGAUUUCAUUUGUUUUUUUCUUUUGUAACUGAUACAUAAUAAAGUUGACAAGGACGGUUGUGAAUUUUAAAAAGUG